AAAAAAAAAAAAAAAGUUUAAAAAGUUAAAAACGUUAAAAACGCUGGAAAAUACUCUUAAUACACUCGCAUCAUAGAAAGUACCUGAGAAACAUUUUUCACAUUUCUACAUUCAUUUUCCAUACCCAUAAGUGUGAUAAAACCUACAACUGAAGCAGAGACUUUAAAAUGUACGAAAUUCCUACAAGCUUAUGUUUGGAGUGGAAGAAUCUCAACUAUCAUGUGCCAUCGACGGAGCAGAGCAAUUAUACAUUCUGGCAGGAAUGCCGGAAGGUUAAGGAGCUGCGCCUACUCAAAGACGUUAGUGGUCACAUGAAAACUGGUGAUCUCGUUGCCAUAUUGGGUUGCAGCGGCGCCGGCAAGACCACACUGCUGGCCGCCAUAUCGCAGCGUUUACGUGGAAAUUUAACCGGUGAUGUCGUAUUGAAUGGCGUGACCAUGGGACGAGAUGAUAUGACGCGCAUAUCAAGCUUUUUACCGCAAUUCGAAAUCAGUGUGAAGACCUUUACCGCUUAUGAACAUUUAUACUUCAUGUCGCACUUUAAAAUGCAUCGUAAAACGACAAAAGCGCAGAAGCGUCAACGUGUCACCGACCUGCUCUUCGCUUGCGGCUUACGAGAUGCGACACACACGCGCAUACAAUCGUUAUCGGGUGGUGAACGCAAACGUCUGAGUUUAGCUGAAGAGCUCAUCACCGAUCCACCGUUCUUAUUCUGUGAUGAACCCACCACCGGUUUGGACAGUUAUAGUGCUUAUACGGUGAUUAAAACGUUACGUCAUCUAUGCACCCAGCACCGGGUGGCCAAACAUUCGCUCACUUCGGUUUAUGGCGAGGACUCCUUUUCAACACCAGCUAGUAGCAGUGAGGGGAGCACGGGCCACAAUUCAAUUGAGAUGGAGGUGCUGCAAUCGAAUGAGGAUAUUUUUGAAUCCAUCAAGGAGAUACCCUCACUGGAGAUGUUCAAUCGUAGUCCGAAUGGGCGACAUAAGAAGGCUAUCAUCUGCUCUAUACAUCAGCCGAGUUCAGAGCUUUUUGAACUCUUCACACACAUCAUACUAAUGGAUGCGGGCCGCAUUGUUUUUCAAGGUAGCACCGAGCGUGCAUUCCAAUUCUUUACGAAUUUAGGUUACGUGUUACCGCAAAAUUGCAAUCCAGCCGACUUUUAUUUGAAAAUAAUCUCUGAUGCUCAUACUCAGCGCAACGACGGCGAAUUGAUAAAAGAGAAAUAUGAUAAUGAGACGUGGGGUCGAUAUUCGGGAAGUUGGCUGUUGUCACGCUCCUACAGUGGCGAUUAUUUGUAUAAUAUUAAAAAUUUUAAAAAGAUUCGUUGGGUCUAUCAAGUGUACCUGUUGCUAAUUCGUUUCAUGACAGAGGACAGCCGGAAUAUUAAACGAGGCAUUAUCUCACUGGGACUUUUUAUGAUCACCUCAUUGACUUUGGCCAUUAUGUACUCGGGCGUGAGCGGUUUGACGCAAACUUCAGUGCAAGACAUUGGUGGUUCCAUAUUUAUGUUGUCCAGUGAAAUGAUAUUUACCUUCUCGUACGGCGUGACCUACGUCUUUCCCAGCGCACUGCCAAUUAUGCGUCGCGAAGUGGGCGAGGGCACAUACAGUCUCUCGGCAUAUUAUGUUGCAGUCGUUUUAUCCUUCAUACCAAUGGCUUUCUUCAAGAGUUAUGUUUUCUUUUCGGUCAUUUACGGCUCUGUUUAUUAUACGCGUGGCUUUAUGCUUUAUUUGACCAUGGGUUUGGUAUUGGGUCUCUCGGCUAUAGCCGCGACGGGUUAUGGUCUAUUCUUGUCUAGCUUCUUUGAGACCGACACAAUGGCUGCGGAGUGCGCAGCGCCCUUUGAUUUGAUCUUCUUAAUAUUUGGUGGCGCUUAUUAUAACGUGGACUCGAUACCGUUUUUGAAGUAUAUCUCUUUGUUCUUCUACUCGAAUGAGGCUUUAAUGUAUAAUUUUUGGAUAAAUGUGGAUGAGAUCGUUUGUCCUGAAAAUUUGGAUCAUCCGUGCGUUCAAAAUGGUAUAGAAGUAUUAAAGCGUGGCUCCUUCAAAACAGCUGAUUACACUUUCUGGGUGGAUUGUUUGGGUUUGCUGGGCAUGGCGGUUGCUUUCAAUAUUGUGGCUUAUUUCUUUAUUAGAAAGUAUGUGAAGCGUAGUGGCUACUAUUAGAAUAAGGAAAACAUUUUAUGAAGAAAGACAAUAACAGUAAAUACAUAUAUAUAACAAAUAAAUAAAUAUAAUU